GGUUCUGUCGCAGGCUCUUGGGAACAUCCACGGGCGGCUGAAGACAAUCGCGCCCUGGUCAGUCCGCUCGGAACCCGCAGGGCUGCGAGCGCGCGCACAUGGACCCUGGUGGCGCGGUCCCAGGAAGGGACUAAUUCGGGCCUGCGCAGCGCAAGUGACAGAGUCGUGAGUAAAAUUAAGAAGGGCAUUUGUCUUCAGGAAGGUCCCGGGAAAAUGAAAACACGUAGUGCAUUGUCGAGAAGAUUUAAAGGGAAUAUUUCGAAGAGUCCUGACCAAACAGAGGCUUGUGAGAGUCAGGAGAAGUCAGAAAAUGAAAUAAAAAAAUCUCCUGGGAAGAGACAGAGAAAGUCCCCUUCCCAGGAAGCAAGUGUCAGGCAACCUGAAGAUGAUGAUCAUACUGAAGAUAAACCAAACACAUCCGAUUGUGAGAAUGACUCUGUUUUGAGCCCAGGCCUCGUUGAGCAAGAGACAGCGCACAUGGAAGAAAAACCCUAUCAGUGUUCUGAAUGUGGGAAAAGCUUCAGUCGAAACUCCUACCUUACUCAGCAUCAGAGAAUCCAUGUGGCAGAGAAACCCUUUGGUUGUGGUGAAUGUUUGAAAAGCUUCACUCGGAAUUCAGACCUGGUUAAACACCAGCGAAUCCACACAGGAGAGAAGCCUUAUCAAUGCAAUGAGUGUGAGAAAACCUUCAGUCAGCGGUCAAAUGUUAUCAGACACCAGAGAACCCACACAGGUGAAAAACACUACAAAUGUAAAGAAUGCGGGAAGAGCUUCAGUCAGAAUUCGCACCUCAUCGUACACCAAAGAAGCCACAAGGGCGAGAAGCCCUACCGUUGUACUAGAUGUGAGAAAAGCUUCAGUGAUUGCUCAUCACUUAUUAUACACAGGAGAAUCCACACAGGGGAGAAACCCCAUCAAUGUAAAGAAUGUGGGAAAAGGUUCCGUGACAGCUCCGCCAUCAUCCGACACCAGCGAAUCCACACGGGAGAGAAACCCUACAAAUGUGGUGAUUGUGGAAAGAGCUUCCGACAGAGCUCAUCACUUAUUACCCACAGAAGAACCCACACAGGAGAAAAGCCCUACAAAUGUUCAGUGUGUGAUAAAAGCUUCAGUCAGAGCUCAGCACUUGCGACUCAUCACCGAAUCCAUACAGGAGAAAAUCCCUAUCGAUGUUCUGAAUGUGGGAAAACCCGGAGUGAGCGUGCUGCACUUAUUUCACAUCGGAGUGUCCACACACACGGAAAACCUUACAAGUGUGCUGAAUGUGGAGAAAGCUUUAGACGGAGCACAGCACUUAAUGUACAUCUGAGAAUCCACAGAGGAGAGAGACCAUAUACAUGUGAUGAAUGUGGGAGAACCUUCAGACAGAGCUCAGCCCUUGAUGUGCAUUCGCGAAUCCACACAGGAGCAAGACCCUAUAAAUGUAGUGAAUGUGGAAAAAACUUCAGACAGAGCUCAGCACUUAAAGUGCAUUUGAGAAUCCACACAGGAAAGAAACCCUAUAAAUGUAUUGCAUGUAGGAAAAGUCUCAGUUUGCGUUCACAUCUAGUAUAG